AUGUAUAGAAGAAACCAACAAAAUUAUUCAAGAAAUUUUGAAAUGAAACCAAUAAUAAAUAAUAACCCACCAAUAGAUAACUUUAAGAAGGAUUUCUAUGUAGAUGAAAAUGCUAUAAGUAUAGAAGAAGCAGAAGAGUUAAGAAGUAAGUGGAAGAUGCAAUUAAAAGGGGAAAACAUUCCAUUACCGGUAAGUAAAUUUGAACAAGUAACUAGUAAUAAAGAAGUGUUAGAAUCAUUUAAACGUAAAGGAUUUGGAGAACCAACACCAAUUCAAUCACAAGGUUGGCCAUUAGCUCUAAAGGGAAAAGAUAUGGUUGGUAUUGCCGCAACAGGAUCUGGUAAGACAUUAUCAUAUUUGUUACCAGCUUUAAUACAUGCCAAAGAUCAAGUGAGUUUAAGAGAAGGAGAUGGACCAAUAGUGCUUAUUUUAGCACCAACUAGAGAAUUAGCAUUACAAAUUGAUGAAGUUGCCUAUGAAUAUGGAAGAAUGUUUGAUAUGUCAUCAUUAGCCGUUUAUGGAGGUGUAUCAUAUAACGAACAAUAUAAGAAGUUAAGAAGGGGUGUUGAAAUAUUAGUAGCAACACCAGGAAGAUUAUUUGAUUUAUGUGAUCGUAAUUUCUGUGAUCUUAGUAGAGUUACUUUUAUGGUAAUAGAUGAGGCAGAUAGAAUGUUAGAUAUGGGAUUUAAACCACAACUUGAUAAGAUAGUUCCAAGAACUAAUAAAAAUAGACAAACACUCAUGUGGAGUGCAACAUGGCCUAAAGAAGUAAGAAAUUUAGCAAACUCAUACAUGGGCACUAAUGAUUAUUGUCAGAUAUUUAUUGGAUCAACAGAACUUACAGUAAAAGCAAAUGUUAAACAAAUAGUUGAAGUUGUUAGUGUUCAUGAUAAGAUAAAAAAGUUACAGUUAGUUCUUUCUUCACAGCAAGAUGAGAUAGGUGGAAGAGUGAUUAUUUUCUGUAAUCAGAAGUCGAGAUGUAAUAAUAUGGAGUAUAUGUUACAAGAUAAAGGUAUAAAAGCAGCUGCAAUUCACGGUGAUAAAACACAGAGUGCUAGAACAGCUAUUAUUAAUAACUUUAAAGAUGGUAGGGUGCCUAUACUUAUUGCUACAGAUGUAGCUGCAAGAGGACUUGAUAUUGAAGAUGUUAAAAUGGUAAUUAAUUAUGACUUACCAGUGAAUGUAGAAGAUUAUGUUCAUAGAGUUGGUAGAACAGCUCGUGGUAAUGUAAAAGAAGGAAUGUCAUUUAGUUUUUUUUCACCUGAAGAGGAUGGUGGUAAUGCUAGAAAGUAUAUUGAAUUGUUUGAGAAAGGUAAAGUUGACAUUCCAAGAGAAAUUUAUGAUAUCGCUGAUAGAAGUGCUCCAAGAAGACAAACAAGAUAUUCAUCAUUUUCAAGAGGAAAUAAUUCAUUUAACAAUUCUUAUAGAAGAAAUAAUUCAUUUAACAAUUCUUAUAGAAGAAA